AUGCUGGUUGAAACGACACAUGUUAAAGCACAAGGGACAUCAGAGUCAUCUACUAGCACGUGGAUCGUGCAAAGCAUGGCCAAUAUAAACUAUCCGAUAGGUCUCGAGGAUGCACCUGGAGACUCAACGGCAGAUUUGGAUGAUACCUUGUGGGCCAGCAGCCGACUUCCUCCUGAAGUCACUUCAAGCUUCGAAGUCUGCAACAUCAAGAGGACGUACAAGCUCAAUCUAAGGCUCGCAUUUCUCGUUGGGGACUCCAAGUUUCAGACAGUCAUCCGAGAUCUCGAAUUUCCCGUUUAUGUUAUGGGCCCAACCCCAUCCCUCAAAGCAUGGAAUUAA